AUAUCUUUUUUCACUAUUUUUUAUUCAACAUUUAUAUUUGUCUCUCUUAUUUUACAGCACUUUUGUUUUUGCUCUACUUUAAUUUUUUUUUUUUUCUCCAAACAAAGGAGAGGAAAUAGUACCACCAUUGACCAAAUGAAAUUAGAAAGAGCAGAGAAAUAGGAAAUUCCAGAAUACCUUCUCCCCUCUCUUUCUUUUUUUCCUUCUUUCUCUCUGUUCAAUCCUCCAAUGUCAGAGACUAGGAGGUAGUAGCAAUUCAUCUUUCAUUAAAAUAUCCUCAGCUUUUAUCAUUUCAAAUUCCAUUCAUUCAUUUAUUCAUUUGUCGAUUCAUUCAUUGCACACGUACAUAUAUGUGUGCUUUCGUUUAGAAACUUAUUCAAUAAGGCCAUAAACAUUUUCCUUUUAUACGGGGAUUCAGCUAGUUUUCGGAGUAAUAGAGGGUCUCCCUUCCAAAUGCCAUUGUCUCGAAAGAGACCGCAAACUCCAGUUUUUGAAGCGAUCAAGAUUCGUAAAUUGCUGUCGCAUUGGAUCUGAUGGUGGAAAAAACAUCAUUGUAUUCGGAUUGCUUACUGAAUCAAGGAAAAGGUAGUGGCAUCCUAGUCGGUUUCGGUGUCGGAAUUGUUGAGGAUUGGAAUUGGGAUUGGAAAGUUAGGGGAGGAAGAUGCAGCUGCACUUCUCACCUAGCAUGAGAAGUAUAACAAUAUCGAGCAGCAAUAACAAUGGAGGGUUUGGUGAAUUAAUGAAGAUCAAAGUCGCAGCUCGCCACUUUUCCUACAGAACACUCUUUCAUACAAUACUUAUCCUUGCUUUUUUGUUGCCUUUUGUCUUCAUUCUCACUGCUCUUGUUACCCUUGAAGGUGUCAACAAGUGCUCCUCAUUUGAUUGUUUAGGCAGACGAUUGGGACCAAAACUUCUUGGACGGACUGAUGAUUCAAAAAGACUAGUAAAGGAUUUUGUUAAGAUCCUCAAUCAAGUAAACUCUGAGGAAGUGCCAUCUUUUAUGAAGCUCCCAGAGUCUUAUGCUCAACUUGUUUCUGAAAUGAAAAACAAUAAGUACAGUGCAAAAGAAUUUGCUUUGAUGCUGAAGGGAAUGAUGGAGAAAUCUGAAAGGGAGAUCAGGGAGUCAAAAUUUGCAGAGCUGAUGAAUAAACACUUUGCUGCAAGUGCAGUUCCUAAAGGCAUUCACUGUCUUUCGUUGCGGUUGACUGAUGAAUACUCAUCUAAUGCUCAUGCACGCAGGCAGUUGCCUUCGCCAGAACUACUCCCUUUGCUUUCCGAGAACCUGUUGCACCAUUUUGUAUUGUCAACUGAUAACAUCCUAGCUGCUUCAGUCGUGGUCAAUUCUGCCGUGCAGUCAUCUCUAAAGCCUGAAAAAAUUGUUUUCCAUGUCAUCACUGACAAGAAAACAUAUGCAGGGAUGCACUCCUGGUUUGCUCUGAAUCCUGUCUCUCCAGCUAUUGUGGAAGUUAGAGGUAUUCAUCAGUUUGACUGGUUAACCAGAGAAAAUAUUCCAGUGCUUGAAGCAGUUGAGGGUCAUUAUGGGAUUCGGAAAUACUAUCAUGGAAAUUAUGUAGUUGGUGCCAAUCUCAGUGAUACUACUCCACGAUCUUUUGCCUCAAAACUGCAGGCUAGAAGCCCAAAAUACAUUUCCUUGCUCAAUCAUAUUCGCAUAUAUUUGCCAGAGCUCUUCCCAAACCUUCAUAAAGUGGUUUUCUUGGAUGAUGAUGUUGUGAUUCAGCGCGACUUGUCUCCAUUGUGGGACAUUGACCUUAAGGGAAAGGUGAAUGGAGCUGUUGAGACCUGUAAAGGAGAAGAUGAGUGGGUGAUGUCAAAGCGAUUCAGAAACUACUUCAAUUUUUCUCAUCCUCUCAUAGCAAAAAAUUUGAACCCUGACGAAUGUGCAUGGGCUUAUGGGAUGAAUGUCUUUGACUUACAUGCAUGGAGAAAGACAAAUAUAAGAGAUGCUUACCAUUCAUGGCUUAAAGAGAAUCUGAAGUCAAAGUUGACAAUGUGGAAGCUUGGAACAUUACCUCCUGCAUUGAUUGCAUUCAAGGGUCAUGUUCACCCAAUUGAUACCUCAUGGCACAUGCUUGGCUUGGGCUAUCAAAAUAAGUCUGACAUUAAUGAAGUGAAGAAGGCUGCUGUAAUUCAUUACAAUGGCCAGUCUAAACCUUGGCUGGAGUUAGGCUUUGAGCAUCUCCGUCCUUUUUGGACCAAGUAUGUAGACUACUCGAGUGAUUUUAUCAAGAAUUGCCACAUAUUGGAGUAAUCAAUAGGUUGCACUUCAACAACAAAACACAUACCAGGAAUCUGGAAGUUGCAGGCUCUACUGAACCUUUUUCAUUCUAUGUAACUCCAGAAUCCAAUAGAAUUGGAGAUUCUCAGACUGGCUGAAUUUGAUCAGGUUUAUUCAGGUUUUGAGAUUGCUGCUUUUGGCUCUCUUCUAUGAAGACAACCUGCAUUAGUAGCAUGGCUAUGAGAUUCACUCUUUCAGUCUGUAAAAGUUCAUCUAUUUUUUUUAACAAAAGUUCCAUCGGGAAACUGGACAUUCUUUUGCGCCUCUUAGGUGGGGUUUAGCUUACUGUUGUAUUAUUUAGGGGGCGAUAUUGGUGCAUGGCAGAAAAUAGUUGUCAUUUGGCAUUGGUGAUAGGAGCUGUUAUUGAGAGGAAAAUCUAGGAAUUGCAGGCCAGGUUGAAUAGCUCUCCUACUUUGGACCCCCUUAGAUAUAGAGAUAAUUCUUUAUUCUAAAAUAUUGAAUCAUUUUCUUUAUAUUGUUGUCAUCACCCACAUUCAACUUUUAUUACUUGAUUAAAUUAUCUCUAUUACAUGAGACUGUAAGUAAUGGAGAUUCUGGCAACAAUGUUCCCCAGAGUUCGGGUACUAUGAGAUAAAAUUUCUAUGUG